GAGCGAAAACUUCUUACUACGCCCCUGCUUAAGAUGGUUUUCACUGCUAAUGAAACUAGUGAUAUCAACCUCAACUGCUUUGUUCGUGGUGUUACUUUUUAUCAACCUAACGAACAUGUAGUCACUUCUGUGAAUGACAAUGAAAAAGGUCAAGGAGAAUUUAUGGAAUCAAGUUUUGUAAAUGCUCAAGGGGAAUCAACUUAUUCGCAAAUAGAAAUUUUUUAUUACUUUCCCACUUUGUAUAUGGACAGUCUCAGAAAAAAACCUCCUUAUCCUCAAGAUGGUGAAAAAAGCCCUAUUCACAUCCUCAUAUACCACUCUGGUACUGACGACCCCCCAGAAAUAGGCCGGGUUCUACAAAGAAAUGUGAAUGCUCAACGUAAUUUUGGUAUCGAACAAGUGCAAACGCUUAUUACACCUGAUGGUACAAGAACCGAGUUUAAUGAGGAUCAAGCUCUCUUACCAAAGAUUAAUUACGAGCCACCUUCAAUGAAUUUUCAUCGAAUUUGUUUCAUUAUUUUUUCAUCUUUUAUCGUACCAAUAUUUUUUCGCUUUGUAGGAAACAUAUAUGUUGGUAUCGCAACUAUUUUUGUUGUAACUUAUAUGGGAGUAUAUUUGCAUGUAAGAGAAUACUCAAAGAGAAAUUGUAAUAUUAUUCUUGUUGCGUUUCUGGAUUACGUUAAGAAAAAUACUUCUUGCUUUCAUUAUAUGCCCCGAUGGAUGGAUUUAUUGCGCUAG